AUAGCUGCAACACCAUGGCGACUCAAAGGAGACACACCAGUGUCGCCGCCGAGCUGGAGGGUACGCUGCUCAUCUCCGGCGACCUCUUCCCCUACUUCCUCCUCGUCGCCCUCGAGGCCGGCGGCCCGCUCAGGGCCGUCGUCCUGCUCGCCGUGUACCCUCUCGUCGCUCUCCUCGGUGUUGCACUGUCCGACGACGACCUCCCUGUCUCUGUCAUGACCUUCGUGUCCACCGCCGGCCUCGCUGUCGCCGACGUGGCGGCGGUGGCGAAGGUCACGCUGCCCAGGUUCUUGCUCGGGGACCUCAGGGACAGCGCGUUCAGGGCGUUCGCGCGCCACGCCGGCGGCGAGAGGUACGUCGUGACGCGGCUGCCGACGGUGAUGGUGGAGCCGUUCGUUAGGGAGUACGUCGCCGAGGGAGCCCGCGUCGUCGGGACGGAGCUGCGGGUGGUCGGCAGGCGGUUCACUGGCACGGCUGUCGUCUCGCCGGGGGUCGCGGUGGCCGGAGGCGACAGGAGCUUGGGCGCUCUGGUGGCCGUUCUUGGCCGCGACCGGAUCGUCGACGUCGGCCUGUGCUCCGGCGACGGUGCCGUGAACCGGCAACCUGCGUUCAUGCAGAUAUGCCAGGAGCGCCGUGUGGUGGCGACGCCGGACAAGGCGCCGGCGACGCCUCUGCCAAGAAGCGAGUACCGUCGCCCACUGAUCUUCCACGACGGCCGCCUCGUCGGCCGGCCGGAGCCACUCGCCUGUCUGGCCGUCGUCAUGUGGCUCCCACUCGGCGUCGUCCUCGCCGUGACACGCAUCCUCAUCGGCGUCUUCCCCUACGGCGUCAGCCUCCUCCUCGCCGCGGCCACCGGCUUCCAGAUAAGGGCGCAUCUCGGCGAUGCAGCGGCCACCGGCGCGCCACCGGAGCGACGGCUACGAGGCACAUUGUACGCGUGCAACCACCAGACUCUGAUGGACCCGGUGAUCCUCUCGACGGUGGUGCACCGCAAGGUGACCGCCGUGACGUACAGCCUCUCCGGCUUGUCGGAGCUGAUCGCGCCGAUCCCGACCGUCCGGCUGACGCGCGACCGCGGCAGGGACCAGCAGAUCAUGCAGUCCGUGCUCGCGCGCGGCGACCUCGCCGUCUGCCCCGAGGGCACCACCUGCCGGGAGCCGUACAUGCUCCGGUUCAGCCCACUCUUCGCCGAGAUCGCCGACGAGGUCACGCCUGUGGCCGUCCGGGCCGGCGGCGCCAUGUUCCACGGCACGACAGUGAGGGGCCACAAGUGGAUGGACUCCUUCUUCUUCCUCAUGAACCCGUCGCCGUGGUACCAUGUCCGACUCCUCCCGCCGGUGUCGUCCUCCUCCAGCUGCGGCGGCGACGACGGCGACGCGUCGAGCCACGACGUCGCGAACCGCGUCCAGCGAGUGAUCGGCGACGCCAUUGGGUUCGAGUGCACGGCGCUGACGCGCAGGGACAAGUACCGGAUGAUCGCCGGCCACGACGGCGUCGACGCACGGGCGAGCUGAGCUCGCAACGCAUGCAAGUAUGAAACGCAUCACGUCGGGUGUAGUUUGGGUUGUGCUAAUUAAUUUGUUCAUAAAAUUGAUCAGCCAUUGAUCCAAAUUGGCAUAAGAUUUGGUCUUAAUUAGUGUUGUGAAGCAAUUCAUCUGCUUAUGGAUUGUACUUGGUUCAUUGUGUUUAAUCAAAUUCAUGCAUCAAUUAUCUGAUAAUUCAUUCGGGAACAGUUGCAAAAAGAUUGAGAAAAAACUUUGGAUAUGUGACCAAUA